AACAAUAUUUUAAAAUAAUGUUUGGAAAUGAAAAAUAUUUUUUCCUGAUUAUUAUUCAGGUGCACAUGCCUCGUUAUGGUGAGGUAGUAAUUUAUGUGUAUAUAGCAAUACCAGCCGCAACUGACGUACUGGCUUGAAUGACAGUUACUCAUCAUAAACUGUCGUAGGAUUUCAUAGUUGCUUGAAUUGUUUGCGCGUUUAAAAGUAACGACUUCGUUCUGAAUCUUAGUGAACGUAAUUUUGUUUUUUAAAAAGUGAAAAUACUUAAAAUUAAUAAUAUGGCUAAAAAUUUUGUGACAAAUUUUCGUGGUGAACAUUUUAUAACACCAAAUGGAAAGCACAUAAAAGAAGAACCCUUGACACCGAUUGAAAAUGAUUUCGGAGAUCACAAUCACAUGGAAAAUUCGUUUGAUGGUACUGGAUCUAUGAGGAAGUCGCUUUCUAUGAACGACAUUGCGGCACUUCGAUCAGAUUUUGUGAAAUUGGAAUUUGAGGAUAAACAAAGCGUUUACGAAAGGUACAGACGCCAGGCUGAAGCACCAUUAGAAUUAUCUAAAACAAAGUUCGUUUCUAUGGCUGAAGCUAUAUAUCACUAUCAAAGAGACACACCAAGCCGUUUUCAUUCUACAAAACCCCAAAUUUUUAAGACUCGAGGGUCUUUCAGACCUUCAGGUUUGACUGUGCCUCAAUCGCCAAUGCUGCGAUGCAAAGCUCGUUCCCGCCCCCUACACAUCAUGUCACAGAAAGAAAAGGAGGAAAUGGAGAUGGAGGAAAUCAAGAAAUUUAAAAUUAAAGCUCAACCAAUACCAAAAUCGGUUAUUGAAGGCACUAUAAGACUGCCAGAGGUGCAGAAGAAACCAAAAACUGUUCCUGAGCCAUUCAAAUUAACAGAACUGCAUAAAAAGUCAAUACAGUCUCCAGAACAUGUACAGAAAUUCAAAGCGCGCCCUGCUCCAAAACAUAUACUUGAGAAGCCUCAGAUUCCUGUGAAGCCUCCAGUCCAAAUAACCAAACCAAUUAGUCCUAAGUUUCAUUAUAAGCGUGGUAAUUCUUCAGAACAAUUGAAACAAAACCAUAAAGAUCUUCCAGUAUCAAUGUCAAAAAGUGUAGAAAAAUUACAACGCCAUGGCCCUAUUAAACCUGAACCAUUUUCUUUUGAAAAACGAGAUGAAGAAUUAAAAAGACGCAGAGAGGAGAAGAUCAGGCGUCAAAUUGAAGAGGAAAAAAAACAAGCUUCAUUAUUCAAAGCCCAGCCACUGCCUGGUGCUGUUAAAAAACGUAUGUAUAGUGCUACUACAAAAGGGAGCUCCUCCACAACAUCUUCUGAAAAUAAAGAGAAUCAUUCUAAAUUUGAAGCCAAACCUCCAACAGUACUUUAUAAAGAGCCAUUUAAGCCUGUUUUACAUCCAUUACAAUUAGUUAAGCCUGCACCAUUUGCAUUGACAACUGAAAAAAGGGCAGUCGAAAGAGAGAAGUUUGAGCAACAAUUAAAGGAAAAAGAAGAAGAACUUGAGAGACUUAGGCUUCAAAGAGAAAAAGAACAACAAGAAUUGGAGGAGAAAGCUAAAGCUGAAUUGAGAGCAAAGUUAAUACAUCAUGCUAAGCCAGCACCUGUGUUUACACCAUUUGUUCCUGAAAAGUCAGUGGUGCCACUUACUGUGCCAGACACACCUAAAUUUGUUAGAAGAUUAAAGAAUAAUUAAAUAUUUCUAAAAUAGAAUAAUGUUCUUAAUAAAGAAUGAUUAAUAUGAUACAUAAACAUAAUUUUUUGGUAGAAAAGAUCUGCAUUUUACUAAAUAUACUGUCAUUUUUUUGCUAUUGCUUAUAUGGUUGACAUUUUGUUAAUAUAAAAGAAAUAUUAUGAUAUGUUUUAAUUUUUAAUCAUGACUCGCAACUAGUAACAUAAAAUUUUUGUUUUUAUAAAAUUUCAUUGUGGUUGUUUUGAUAUUAAAUUUUAGAAUAUAUAUAAUUUCUUUAUUAUUUUUAAAUUAUAGUAAAUACAAUUGCUUCAUAAGUAAUAUUCAAAAUAAAAAUAUAUACAGUUCAUCUAAAUGAGGGUAACCAAAGCAAAUUUUUGUUGACAUUUGUGGUGGAUAUGGCACUUGCCAUUUUAUUAUCUAUCUCUAACAUAUUCUAAUUCAGCAUGGCAGAAAGACUGCACACUACUGAAUAAAUUUUAACAAUGUUAAAAAUAUAAUUUAUAAAAUAAUUUUUUUCGUAUGUAAUGAUGUCUUCUGAGAUUGAAAUCUUCUGUAGGGAUUCUAGUACUAUCAUCAAUUCCAUAUGUCCUAUUGAUGAAUGUUAUGCAAAUAUUUUAUAAUAAUAAAUCUCUUUAGCAAAACUUUAUUUUU